AUGGACAAUGUGGUGUCUGUUUUUCCAAACACAAAGCAUUAUCCUUGCACAACAAAAUCGUGGGACUUCAUAGGCCUCCAAGAGAAUAGCAAAAGAUUGAGUUUGGAGAGUGACAUAAUUGUUGGAGUAAUAGACUAUGGAAUUUGGCCGGAUUCAAAGAGCUUUAGUGAUGAAGGAUUUGGUCCACCACCACAGAAAUGGAAGGGAUCAUGCCACAAUUUCACUUGCAACAAUAAAAUAAUUGGUGCACAAUACUUUAAUAUCGAAGGUUCCUAUAAUAAAAAAGACAUCAAAGGUCCAACAGAUGUAAAUGGUCACGGAACACAUUGUGCGUCCACAGCGGCGGGAAACAUGGUUCAUUCUGCGAGCCUGCAAGGGUAUGCUUCAGGGACAGCUCGGGGAGGAGUUCCAUCGGCACGCAUUGCUGUCUACAAAGUGUGUUGGGAAGGAAUUCGUUGCACACAGGCAGAUAUCCUUGCAGCGUUUGAUUCAGCAAUUGAUGAGGGCGUUGAUGUUCUUUCGGUCUCUCUUGGACCAAGCAAUGUAGUAAUAAUGCCAUAUUUUCAAAAUGCUUUCGAUAUUGGAAGUUUCCAUGCAAUGAAAAGAGGAAUAUUUAUGGCCCUUGCCGCUAAUAAUCUUGGCCCAGAUCUUUUCACCAUGACAAAUUAUCCGCCAUGGAUACUCUCUGUAGCUGCUAGCACUUUUGGAAGAAAGUUUAUUACAAAGGUGCAAUUGGGAAAUGGUGCCAUUUAUAAGGGGUCAACAAUUAACACAUUUGAUCUCAAAAACAAAAUGUUUCCAAUAGUUUUUGCAAGAGAUAUACCCAAUAUUGCCGGCGGAUUUAACAGUUCGAUAUCAAGGUUUUGCCUUAAGGACUCUGUAGAUAAACAUGCAGUCAAGGGGAAGAUUGUUUUAUGUGAGAGCUUUCAGACACCUUCAGAGGCUGGAUUUUUCUAUGGGGCGGUUGGUGUAAUAAUUGGACUUGUUUCCUUUAAAGAUUUGCCAAGUACAUUUGCCUUGCCAGCCACAGUUAUUACUAAAGAGAACCUAAAUGAAAUACAAUAUUACAUGAACUCAACAAGAAAUCCAACUGCUACAAUAUUUAAGAGUGAAGAAGUGGAAGAUUUGUUGUCCCCUUAUGUAGCCUCAUUUUCUUCAAGAGGUCCAAAUCCAAUUACUCCAAAUAUUCUCAAGCCUGAUAUAGCUGCCCCUGGAGUUAAUGUUAUAGCUGCUUGGACUCCACUAGAUCCCAUUUCUGAAUUUGAAGAUGACAAAAGAAGAUUACCUUAUAAUGUUAUCUCUGGAACUUCAAUGGCUUGCCCUCAUGCAGCUGCAGUAGCUGCCUAUGUUAAAUCAUUUCAUCCCAAUUGGUCACCUGCUAUGAUCAAAUCUGCAUUGAUGACUACCGUGACUCCAAUAAGCUCUAGUUUAAAUCCUGAAGCUGAGUUCGCAUACGGUGCGGGGCAGAUAAAUCCUAUUGAUGCAACAAAUCCUGGUUUAGUGUAUGAUAUUAACGAAGCAAAUUAUGUUGAGUUUUUGUGCGGAGAAGGGUUCACAUCUAAAGAACUUCAAACUUAUACUCAAGAUAAGAUUAAUUGCAAAGGAAGAGACAAUGAGAAAGCUGUAUACAACUUGAACCUCCCAUCAUUUGCACUUGAAGUAAACGACACAUUUUCAGGAUAUGUUUAUCAUAGAACCGUUACAAAUGUGGGAUCAGCAAAAUCUAGUUAUAAAGCAAGAGUAAUAUCACCACCUUUGAUGGAAAUUCAAGUGAAACCUGAUGUUCUGUCUUUCACAUAUAUAGGACAGAAAAAAUCAUUUUCACUAACAAUAGAAGGGAGCAUCGACGUGUCAAUAAUGUCUGCUUCUUUAAUUUGGGAUGAUGGAAACCAUCAAGUUAGAAGCCCAAUUGUAGUGUAUGCGAGCUAA